CUCAUGCUAUUCAUUUUUCAAAAUCAAAAGAAAACAAACAAGUUCGUUACGAAACAAUAAAUUGACAUAUUUAAGUAUAACUGCAGUAUAUUGUGAAUUUUAUAUUCCACAGGUGUUGCUGUUCUCAGUUCAUGCUUAACAAAUCAAUGUCUGCAGCUGUGAUGCGUUUCACCGUAAUUUUUAUUCUCCUAUUCAAAAUUUCAUUUGGACUCCACUUUCCUUUUGGAUUGGAUAAGAUCUUCCAUUCCCUAACUGGCGGAAAUGUUCCAUUUUUCCACUUUCUAAAUUCAAAGGAAUCAAAUCCAAUAAAUUCGGACGAAAACUCCAAAAGCAGAUUUUCAAAAAACUAUGACCUAUCAAGCGAUUCCACAUCUUUCGAUAACAGUAUUUCAGAAGAUUCUUUGAAAGUUAUUAAUGGAACGGCAAGUGAAAUCUCACACGGCAAUGUUUCAGCAGAUUCAUCCGAUAUUUAUUUGGAGGAUUCUGCUGCUGGAAGAUCAGGGAAAACACUGAAUGGCAAUCUCUCUGCCACUUCUGCUGCAAACAUAAACAGUACAGAUGUCGGGAAAGAUGGAAUUCAGAACACGGACUCGGGUAGUAACUUCAGCAUUGCUGUGAAUCCUCUAGAGAAUUUAAUUACAGAGCUCACUAAUGGAGAUAAAUGUAUAUAUAUGAGUGCUGCGACAACUUUUCCGAAUGUGACCUCUGUCGCUACGUUUGUGAAUACGUUUAUGAAUGCUAUCAAUUGCUCAAAGUUGCUGACUACACUUUUCAACAUCACGAACGCCAGAUCUGAACAAUACAGCCAGUUCAAAUACAGAUUUAUUGCUGACGUAUUUCGGAGCCGUUUUGUCGAUGCCAAGGAAAUCGCAGCCACUGCUGUCCGUCCCAUAGCCAAAUAUUUUGAUGUCCUUCCUUUGCCAGCUAUGAUGAGAGUUUAUUCCAAUUUUUUUGCCGACUUCUUUUUUGCAGAAGAAAUACUCACUCCCCAUAAUGCAAAAUCACUAGCUCAGAAGUACAUUAAUUCGAUGGAAGAAACAGCCAAACGGUACAAAAUAAAUAAAUUUGAUUAUGAUUACUAUCGUAAAUUUCAAGCUAUUGGCGUUGGAACUCGCAAUUUCUUCUUUUCUGUAAUUGAACCAUCACUUUCAGAAACAUGGGAGUUAGCUCUCUACUAUGCGCAUGAAUGGUUGUUGGCUGCUCUUGACUAUGGAGAUCUGCAAGAUUUAACUUUUAAAAAAGAGGAUAUUUGUGAAAAAAGCGAAUGUUAAGAAAUUUUUGUUUCGCAUAAUUUUUUCAUAAUAAUAAAUCGAUAAAAAUGAUGCAAAUGUUUCGAUCAAAAUAAAUUUUCCAACACUUUUAUAGGUACAAUUCGGUUUUAACGGUGAUCAAAAAGAGCGAAGAAAAAAUGUCGCCAAAUUAUAAAAAUAUACUCAAGGGCAUAAACCACAUGCUAUAUAUUUGGCGAUUGAAAUUGCCGAAUUGGCGAAAAGUUUUCUUGGCGUUUUUUGAUUGACUUUACAACCGACAAGUACCCUUUCUAAUGAAUGGAAGUUGUAAGCAUGAUUUAACCAGCGGGAGUGGUCUUCCGAAACUUUCUGUAAUACUCUACGAUAAAUAUAUUGUAUUAUAUUGAUAAAUGCAUGUUAUCGGGAAGCAAUACUUAAGAAUGUACUUAUUAGAAUGAGGUAACUGGCGAUUUUUUUUUCUGAAUGAAUCGCCAGGAUGUUGUUAAUAAAUGUGUACCAGAAAACCGGAUGUAUAUCUUUGACACCUAUUUUACAACCAAUAAAUUUCAAAUUUGAAACAAAA